AUGAACUCCGGCGGCGACCACCCCUCCCCCAGUAACCCAUCCGCCGCGCCCCCUCCUCCUCCGGCGGCCCCAUCGCCGCCGCUCAGCCGGUACGAGUCCCAGAAGCGGCGGGACUGGAACACUUUCGGGCAGUACCUGAAGAACCAGCGGCCGCCGGUGUCCCUUUCCCAGUGCAACUGCAACCACGUGCUGGAUUUUCUCCGGUAUCUCGACCAGUUCGGAAAGACUAAGGUCCACCUGCAUGGAUGCGUCUUCUUCGGGCAGCCCGACCCGCCGGCGCCGUGCACCUGCCCGCUCCGGCAGGCGUGGGGCAGCCUCGACGCGCUGAUCGGCCGCCUCAGGGCCGCCUACGAGGAGCACGGCGGGUCGCCGGAGGCCAACCCGUUCGGAAACGGGGCGAUCCGGGUUUAUCUCAGGGAGGUCAAGGACUGUCAGGCCAAAGCCCGAGGUAUACCGUACAAGAAGAAGAAGAAGAGAAAGAUGCCGCCGCCAUCGGUCAAGGGACUGAACCUUGCAAACUGUAGCGAAUGGAGCAAGAAAGGAUUGCUGGUAUCCAACGUUUGGCACGACUUGAUCAGGGUUUAAGGAUAGAUUAGUAGUAAGAAGAUCGUGUGGCAGAUGAUCAGAAUUUAUUCAGAUCACCUAAUUAGUUGUUACAGGAUAUAAAUAUAUGUAGAUUAUUAUGAGUAUAUUAUUCGAAAUGCAAACUUCAGGAAAAAUGAAGUUGUUCUGAAAUGUAGAUGGAGUUCAAAUGAAAGUAAAAUAAAUCCUAUAUAGCUUUUAUGUUAUACUAAUUGAUCAUAAUCUGGAUAUGUUAUAAAACUCAUGCAGCUGAUAUUUUGCUAGCUGCUUUCCCUUUGUAACGAGGGUUAUUAUUUCCUUGUGAUCUGAUUUAUGUUUGAUAUCCA